GUAGAAGACAGCUAAGAUGGCUACAUGGUCGGUGUUGUGUGAUGUUCCUGAUCCUCAGGUUGAAAUUAAAGCACGGUCUGAACACGCGGGGAUGAAUAACACUGUGAAUGUGAAUCACCCAAAAGCAAACUGAGGAAAGAUGCUCCGUCUGGUGUCUCCUGGGAGGAGAUGGAGAUGCCCUUCAGCGGCUCUGCGGAGACGAAGGUGCUCAGCUGCAGGUGAACCCAAAGGGCAGGAGCGCUCCACUCAGACCCGUAUGAACCCCCUCAACAUCCAGAUGCUUUCCAAGAAUCUGCAUGAGCAGAUUUUUCGUUCCUCAACAGUAGAGUACUCAAGCGAGGGCAUAAAAAGAAGCAUAGGGCAUUUAGAGAAGCAUAAUCUCUGGGGAAAGGAAGCACCAUUGUUGAGUGAUGUGGAGCUGAAGUUACCAGAUAUGUAUGGCAAAAACAUUGAUGACCACUUUUGCAGACUUGCACAAAAGCAAAGCCUGCCUUAUUUGAAGGCAGCCAUGCUUCUGCAGCAAGCACAGCUUCCUGACAUGCCCCUGCAGUGGGCGUGGGAAGUGGGCUGGGUGAGGUACUGCCCAAAUGGAGAACAUAUGAAGGUGGAUUUUCCAGAGGAGAACGCUCUGGUUUUUGACGUGGAAGUCUGCAUGGCUGAGGGCCACUGUCCCACACUGGCGGUGGCUGUUUCUCCAAAUGCUUGGUACUCAUGGUGCAGUAAAAGGCUGAUUGAGGAGCGGUACAGCUGGUCCAGUCAGCUGACGCCAGCAGACCUAAUUCCUUUGGAGACUGCAGCCAACUCCAGCAGGCCUCCAGGUGGACACUGGCAGGAGAGACUCACAGUGGGACACAAUGUCAGCUUUGAUCGAGCACACAUUAAAGAGCAGUAUCUCUUAAAGGGCUCCAAGAUGCGUUUUCUGGAUACAAUGAGCCUCCACAUGGCUAUCUCAGGGCUGACGGGUUUCCAGCGAUCCCUCUGGAUGGCCAGCAGGCAUGGCAAGAGAAAAGGAUUGCAUGAAGUCAAGCAGCACAUAAAGAAGCUUGGACGUCGUCCUGAGGGUCCAGCGAUCGGUUCCUGGGACUGGGUCAGUAUAAGCAGUAUAAAUAACCUAGCUGAUGUUCAUGCCCUCUAUGUUGGAGGGGAUUCUCUGGAAAAAGAAGCCAGGGAUAUUUUUGUUAAGGGCAGCAUGAGUGAUAUUCGGAGCAAUUUCCAGGAGCUUAUGCUGUAUUGUGCAAGAGAUGUUCUGGCUACUCAUGAGGUGUUUAUUCAACAGUUGUCCCUCUUCAUGGAAAGGUGUCCCCAUCCAGUGACUUUUGCAGGAAUGCUGGAGAUGGGUGUUUGCUACUUGCCUAUCAAUCAGAGCUGGGAUCGGUAUUUGGAGGAUGCCCAAGACACAUAUGAGGAGCUUCAAAGAGAGAUGAAGAAGUCUCUGAUGAUUCUUGCAGAUGAUGCAUGUCAGUUACUGCAGGAUGACAAGUACAAGGAGGAUCCUUGGCUUUGGGACUUGGAGUGGGAUGUUCAGGAGUUUAAGAAGAAGAAAAUAACUAUGAGUAAGAGAAAGCAGGCAAAGCUAGAAACUGAAAAAGCAGCAAUGGCAUCUGCAUCUGGCAACCUGAAGAAAGAGUGGGAUGAAGAUCCAGGACCUCCAGAGGAAGAGGAUGAGAUGAAGAACCCCAGCAGAGAGCUUGUGGAGCAGCUAAAGGGUACAGUAAACUGCCUGCCAAAGAGGAGACAGCACAUGCCUGCACACCCUGGUUGGUACCGGAAGCUGUGUGUGAGGAUGUCUGAGGAGGAGGAAUGGUCUCCUGGAGCCACUCUGAUCAGCCUGCAGAUGCGAGUGACACCCAAGCUGAUGGGCCUGACGUGGGAUGGUUUUCCUCUUCACUACACAGAGAAACAUGGCUGGGGCUACCUUGUCCCAGGACGAAGAGACAACUUGGAGACCCCAGAGGACACGGAAGGACCUGUAUGUCCCUACAGGGCGAUUGAAAAUACCUACAAAGAAUAUUGUGAACAGAAAGGGAAGGAACAGCCACAGUGUCUGGACAGUCUGCCCUCAGAUGACCUUAUGCUGACUGACAGCAGCGUGUGGCAAACAGUGGAGGAGUUGAGCCGGCUGGAGGCUGUAUCUGAAGAUGAAGCAUUGCCACAGAUAGUGAGGGUCAAAAAGACCAAAAGUAUGGACUCAGCUCAUGAAUGUCCCUAUCACCAUGGUAAUGGGCCAUACAAUGAUGUCAACAUUCCUGGAUGUUGGUUUUUCAAGCUACCUCAUAAGGAUGGGAAUGAGAAUAACGUGGGCAGCCCUUUCUCUAAAGAUUUUCUGUCUAAAAUGGAGGAUGGAACCCUUCAGGCAGGCAGAGGAGGAACCAAUGCAGCACGUGCACUGGAGAUCAACAAAAUGAUCUCAUUUUGGAGAAACGCCCACAAACGCAUCAGUUCUCAGAUGGUUGUCUGGCUACGGAGGGGAGAACUUCCUCGCAAUGUAAUCAAACAUGAUGAAUACAGUGAGGAGGGGCAAUAUGGUGCCAUUUUACCGCAGGUUAUUACAGCUGGGACGGUUACUCGCAGAGCUGUCGAACCAACAUGGCUUACCGCCAGUAAUGCAAGGCGGGACCGUGUAGGCAGCGAGCUGAAAGCAAUGGUGCAGGUGCCCCCUGGUUAUCACCUGGUGGGGUCAGACGUUGACUCACAGGAAUUGUGGAUUGCAGCUGUGCUUGGAGAGUCUCACUUUGCUGGCUUGCAUGGUUGUACAGCGUUUGGGUGGAUGACCUUACAAGGAAAGAAGAGUCAGGGCACAGACUUGCACAGCCGCACUGCAGAUGCUGUGGGCAUCAGCCGGGAGCACGCCAAAGUCUUCAAUUACGGCCGCAUUUACGGUGCAGGCCAGCCGUUUGCUGAGCGCCUACUCAUGCAGUUUAACCAUCGACUCAGCCAAGCUGAGGCAGCCAGUAAAGCGCGCCAGAUGUAUGCCCUUACUAAGGGACUGCGCAGGUAUCAUCUGUCAGAGGAGGGAGAAUGGUUAAUUAAAGAACUGGGUGUGGAUGUGAAGAUGGAUGAAGACGGGACUGUGUCCAGAGAGGAGUUAAGACGGAUUUCAAAACUGCUGGGUCAGAGAUCUCGGAGUAAGAGGAAGUGGGAUAUAGUGGGACGACGUGUGUGGAGUGGAGGUACUGAAUCGGAGAUGUUCAACAAGCUGGAGAGCAUUGCUCACUCAGAGCAGCCAUCCACCCCUGUGCUAGGCUGUAGAAUCUCCCGCGCCUUGGAGCCGGCUGCUGUCAAAGAAGAGUUUAUUACCAGCAGGGUAAACUGGGUAGUGCAGAGUUCAGCAGUGGACUACCUUCACCUGAUGCUGGUGGCCAUGAAGUGGUUGAUGGAAGAAUAUGACAUAGAUGGGCGCUUCUGCAUCAGCAUCCAUGAUGAAGUGCGCUACCUAGUAAAGAGCGAGGACCGCUAUAGAGCAGCACUCGCGCUACAAAUCACCAACUUACUUACUCGAUGCAUAUUUGCUUAUAAGCUGGGCAUGAACGAUCUCCCUCAGUCUGUGGCUUUCUUCAGUGCUGUAGAUAUUGACCAGUGCUUACGUAAAGAGGUCAACAUGGACUGCGUAACUCCAUCUAAUCCUACUGGGCUGGAGCGCCGAUUUGGACUAUCACAAGGUGAAGCUUUGGAUAUCUAUCAGAUCAUCGAGAUUACUAACGGGUCAUUGGCUAAAGGAAAAUAGCCCAAUCUGUCCAGUACAAAGGAGGAGAAACCCCUGACUUGGUAACUGAGAA